ACAAAUCGUAGAUACCAUCGGUUCCUAUUGGUUGCGCGAAGUGAGGCAUGAGUUCGGGAAAGCAACAUAAUGGCUGACAUUCUCUAGUAGAGGUUCCGUUUACUGUUUCUUCUCACUCACUGUCAGUAAUCAUCUUCCUGAAUAUUUGAAGAAAGCAACAAGCUUGCUUUUCCGCCAGAGUUUUUUAAAAGGCUAACCUAUGUUUGCCGACGACUGCUCUCUCGAAUCUGUCGGUUCUAAGGAAUACGACGCCUGUGACGGCUACGUGCAAGACACAGAUAUAUUCCUUCAAAAAGUGUUUGUUGCCAAGAUUGAAAGCCUGCGCGGAAAAUACCCAUCAUACCAAGCGGAAGGUGAGAUCGGUAACAAUCGAAUCAAAUACACCCUAAAGCCAGACGAUCAUCCCAAGCCGGGAAGUUCUCCCGAUGUCCCGAAGCGGGCGCGAAGGGCUAACAUCCAAUACAAUCAUUUCGUAGAAGAACGAGAAAUUCUUUUAGUUGAUACCAUACGUAAACCCGGUAUGGAAAAGGUUUCGAGAGCGUUCCUUCGAGGCGGGCCUCGACGUAUUUUGCAUUUCCGGCCGUCCCAGGUAAAUGCCGCCAUUAUCACUUGUGGUGGACUCUGCCCCGGCCUCAAUAACGUCAUUCGUGAGCUCGUACAUUCUCUACACAACCUGUACGGCGCACAGGAUGUCUGGGGCAUUACCGGUGGGUAUCAUGGCUUUCACAAUCCCGAAUACGCACCUAUUUUACUUACAAAAGAAAUGGUGGAAAACAUUCACCACGAGGGCGGUACCAUCUUGCGGACAUCCCGUGGAGGUUUUGAAAUGGACAAAAUAUUGUCAUUCUUGCGUUCCAAAAGUAUUUCGCAACUCUACAUUAUCGGUGGUGACGGUACUCACCGAGGUGCCUACAAAAUCCACGAGGCAUGUAUGGAAGCCGGCUUGAACAUUGCCGUUGCCGGAAUUCCUAAAACCAUCGACAACGACAUUGAUUACAUCGAUCGCAGCUUUGGGUUCGUGAGCGCUGUCGAAGCGGCGCAGGCGUCGAUCCGCUCGGCCAAGACCGAGGCUAUGUGCACCGUACCCAACGCGGUUGGCAUCAUCAAGCUCAUGGGGCGGUCGGCGGGCUACCUGGCCACCUUUGCGGCUUUGGGGUCCGGCGACGUGGAUUUGGUGCUGGUACCGGAAGUGCCCAUCGUACUGGACGGACCGGGCGGUGUGUUGCCGUUUUUGCGGCAGCGUGUGAAAGAGCAAAAGUUUGCCGUGGUGGUGGUGGCAGAAGGGGCCGGCGAAGAGCUACUGGAAGCCACGAACGUGGUGGACAGGGGAGGGAACCGGCUGUUGCCUCCGAUCGGAGAAUACAUGCGAGACCGGAUCAAGGAUUACUUUGUGGAGCACGGCGAAGAGGCUUCGAUGAAGUACAUUGACCCUUCGUACACGGUACGGUCGGUACCCGCGAACGGCGCGGACUCGCUGUAUUGUAUGGAGCUUGCGCAGAACGCGGUACACGGAGCCAUGGCGGGGUACACGGGCUUUUCCGUGGGGUUAGUGAACAACAACGUGGUGUAUUUGCCCAUCCCCCAGCUGGUGGCGUCCAGUCCUCGUCAAAUGAGUCCCUGUGGUACUACAUGGGAACGCGUUCUGGCUAUGACGGGGCAACCGAACACGGCUAGUGAUGCUAUUGCUGAAAAAGGUGGCUGUCAACAUUAUGAUCCACUCGACCACUUUCACGAACUUCGCGUGUGAGUUGAUACGAAUCGUUCGAAGCGACUCAAGGUCUC